UGCGCGUCAUAGCUGCAUCAAGUUAGGCCUAAGUGCGGAAAUGGCACGAUUGGCUGGCUUUCAUUCCGAGGCAAGGGUCUUGAUCGCCUGGUGGGGCAUUCAUACCCUCAACAGAGCGACCGCCUGAAUUGUCAUACUCACGCGAUCGCAUUUCCUAAAAACCCACCGUCCUUAUUAGUCGCUGGACCCGGCCCUAUGCUGCUUUUUGUCACCAAUCAGGAAGCGUAUCCAUCUAGUAACACGAAUAGACCAGUACUCGUGCCUGGUAGCACCAAUCGGUACCCUCCAGACGGCACGGGAAGAUAGCGACUAUUUGGCCUAUCAGUCUGGACUGAUUCAAGUGAAAGAUACAAGUGUUCUCCCAGAAGCCCUCAAAAUACCCAAAACUCGUCUCAGAAAUUCUACUCCAGAAUCUCAAGUCAACCGAAGCCAACCCAAGGGAACGAACAGCAAACAUGAAAAUCGCCUGUCUCCAAUUCGCUCCAGAAGUCGGACGCGUCCAAGAGAACAUCAAAAGAGCCGAUGACAUCCUCCGAUCCGCCGCAAUACCCAGCGACCUAACCUGGCUCGUCCUACCUGAACUCGCUUUCUCGGGCUACAACUUCCAAUCGCUCGAGGAAAUCAAACCAUUUCUCGAGCCCACCACAUCCGGAAUCUCAACGCAAUGGGCACAGCAGGUAGCAAGACACUACAACUGCCACGUGACAGUUGGGUAUGCAGAGGUCACCAUCCCGGAUACCAAUCCCGAAGACAGUCAAACGCAGUAUAACUCCACUGUCACUGUAUCACCAAGAGGAGAAAUACUGCACAACUACCGGAAAUCCUUUCUCUACUACACAGACGAAACAUGGGCGUCUGAGGGCCCGGGGUCAAGAUCACACAAACUAUCCGAUACCUCAUCACCAGACUCGCCCUUCUACGCUGGCCAAUUAGGUGAUCUGGGGAAAGUCACUAUGGGGAUAUGUAUGGAUAUCAAUCCCUACAAGUUUGUCUCUCCAUGGUCUGAUUACGAGUUUUCCUCUCUCGCCCUGUCGUCGCAAUCGCCAAUUGUUUGCAUAAGCAUGGCUUGGUUAUGUCAUCUCACGCCCACGGAACUCAUGCAGGACCCAUCACAACCAGAUAUUGCAACAGUAGCAUAUUGGGUCGAACGUUUCCAACCGCUCGUUGACGCUGGAGGGGAGAAGCCUAUAUUUGUUAUCCUGGCGAACCGGUGUGGAAUGGAGAAGGGUGUUUGCUAUGCGGGUAGUAGUACGGUUUUGCGGAUCGAGAAGGGAGUUGUUAGUUUAUAUGAAACAGCGGGCAAGAGCGAGGAGACGUGUUUGAUUGUGGAUCUGACCGAGCGGCCGAAAUUCCAAGUAAGAAGUGGACGAUGAAGGGGCAGAGGGCGUCAAUGUUGAGACUGGCUUCGU